AUGAGUGUGAAUCAGAAGUUGACAAAAGAUGAGUAUGGAAAAGAUGUAGACCCAAGUCUCUAUAGAAGUAUAAUUGGAAACUUACUCUAUCUCAUAGCUAGCAGGCCAGACAUCUCUUUCAGUGUUGGAGUUUGUGCAAGAUAUCAAGCAACACCGAAGGAGUCUCAUUUGAAAGUUGUUAAACGUAUCAUCAAAUAUGUUCAUGGUACUGCAGAAUAUGAAAUUUGCUAUUCAAAAGACUCCAACUCACAUCUUACUGGUUAUAGUGAUGCAGAUUGGACAGGAAACAUUGAUGAUAGAGAAAGAACCUCAGGAGGAUGUUUCUACCUUGGUAACAAAUUGGUCACAUGGUAUAGCAAGAAGCAAAGUUCUAUUUCCCUCUCCAUUGCCGAGGCUAAAUACAUAGCAGCAGGAAGCUCGGAGUCUUUUCAACAGGAAUCAUCUGAUGCCGCUCAGAAGAUCAAGCGUUCCCUCAACUUCCUGAGUUCCAGAUCCACCGAUCCUAUAGGUGAUAUGACGCAUACCACAAACCGGGAGUAA